AUGUCAUUUGCCCAAACAACAGGCCCUUUUAGCUGGCAUAAUUCAUGCAAUCUGUGUCAUUCCGUCCGUCCUCCGUCCUCCGACUCCGACCGCCUGGCUUACUCCACUCGGCCGACAGCGUCCACGGGCCGCCCGAGUGAUCCCAUCGCCACAGGAGGUGGGGGCAGGGUGGGGAGCUGGGGCGAAGUGUGCUCGAUUGCUGCUGCUGGCCGGGGCCAAGACCCGGAAACUGGUGUUGUGUGA